AUGGAAAAGGAAGACCUCUGGCAUUCUUUAGGGAAAACCUAGGAAACUGAUAAUUGGUUAGAAGGGCAACAGAAAAACCAGGAUAGACAUGUGGGUCAGGUGACAGUUACCCAUAUAAACCCUCAGAGGGGAGUAUGAGGAGGUAACGAAUUUGAAAGAUAUUCCUGUCAGUGUUCAGUCAUUGAUAUACAACAAAGUACUCCUAUAGGGAAAAGGCCCUGUUAUCAGAAUUCCCAAAAGAUAUCAAAUAAAAUUCUGAAUUAAGAUUCAAAGAAUGUAGGAAAGAAAAUUUAUGAAUGUAAUGAAUGUGGGAAAGCCUUUAGCCAGAACUCAUACCUUCUUAAGCACCAGAGGAUUCAUACUGGGGAGAAACACUAUAAGUGUAAUGUAUUUGGGAAGUACUUCAUUGAAUGCACAUCCCUUACUGGACAUCAAAGAAGUCAUACUGGAGAGAAACCCUACAAAUGUAAUGAAUGUGGCAAAACCUUCAGUCAAAGCAUGAACCUUACUGUUCAUCAAAGAACUCAUACUGGGGAAAAACCUUAUCAGUGUAAAAAGUGUGCAGAAACUUUCCACAAGAAUUCAUCCCAUCAGCACAAAAAGAUUCAUACUGGAGAGCAACCCUACAAAUAAUGUGGGAAAGCUUUUACCCAAAGUAUGAAUCUCACAGUGCAUCAGAGAACUCAUACAGAAGAAAAACCCUAUGAAUGUAACGAAUGUGGGAAGUCUUUCACUCAAAGUAUGCAUCUUAUUGUACAUCAGAGUAGUAGUACUGGAGAGAAACCCUAUGAGUGCAGUGAAUGUGGGAAAGCCUUUAGUAAGAGUUCAACUCUUACUCUGCAUCAACAAAAUCAUACUGGAAAAAAAACCUACAAAUGUAAAUGUGGGAAAUCCUUUAGCCAAAGUACAUACCUUAUAGAACAUCAGAGACUUCAUUCUAGAAUAAAACCCUUUGAAUGUAAUCAGUGUAGAAAAGCAUUCAGUGAGAAUUCAUCUCAUACUCAACAUUAGAGGAGUCAUAGAGAGAAGCCUUAUGAGUGUAAUGUAUGUGGAAAACAUUUCACUGGGCGAUCAUCUCUUAUUGUACAUGGGGUUAUUCAUACUGGAGAGAAACCUUAUGAAUGCAAUGAAUGUGGACAGGUCGACCUUAUUGAGCAUCAAAUAAUUCAUACUGGUGAGAAACCCUAUGAAUGUGAUCAGUGUGGCUAAGCUUUCAUAAAGAAUUCAUCCCUUAUAGUGCAUCAGAGAACUCAUACAAGCGAGAAACUCUAUCAGUGUAAUGAAUGUGGGAAAGUUAGUUGUAGUACAAAGGUUACACAACAUCAGAGAACUCGUACAUGA